GCGCCGCCUCCGCCGCCGGCUCCGGCGAGAUGUCGCGCUUCGGACGCUCCGGCCCGCCGCCGAUCCGCGACACCUACUCCCUCCUCGUCCUCAACAUCACCUUCCGUACGACGGCUGACGACCUCUUCCCGCUAUUCGACAAGUACGGCGACGUGGUCGACAUCUACAUCCCCAGGGACCGCAGGACUGGCGACUCGCGAGGGUUUGCCUUCGUGAGGUACAAGUACGAGGACGAGGCGCAGAAGGCAGUCGAUCGAUUGGACGGGAGGUUGGUAGACGGGAGGGAGAUGAUGGUGCAGUUUGCCAAGUACGGCCCGAACGCUGAGCGGAUUCAAAAAGGGAGAAUCAUGGAAACGCUCCCAAGGUCAAGGGGUCGGUCCAGAAGCCGCAGUCCAAGACGGGGGUACCGGGAUGAUCAUCGGGGCAGAGAUUAUUCUAGAAGGCGAAGUCGGAGUCCGAGUAGAGAGCGAUAUGGACGUGACAGGCACACAGAGAGGGAUUAUCAUCGUCGUAGCAGGAGUCGCAGCUACAGUCCUGAUGAUUACAGGAGGCGUGGCAGGGACAGAAGCCCUAGUCGUAGCAGGAGCCGCAGCUACAGUCCUGAGGAUGACAACAGGCGUGGCAGAGCCAGUGUGUCGCCUGCGCGUAGAAGCACUAGUCGUUCACCUCGCAGGACGCCAUCUUCUCGUGAGGGAUCUCCUGUUAAGCGCAAUGAGGACCGAUCUCCAUGCUCUCGUAGCCCUUCAACAUAAACUGAAGAUCAAACGACCGAGGAUGAACGGAACAGGGCUGCUCCUACCAGAGGCUGUUCAGUUGCUUGGUUGUGAACACUAUAGUUACAAGCACUGUUUAGUUACCAACUGAAAUGCUGUGGGGCUUCAUAUCAGUGGCUGCUUCAAGCUGCAGAUAAUGCUUUGUGGAUAUCUGGAUGCUUGUUAGAACUAUAUGUACUUCACUUUCUUCCCAUUCAAUCUUGUUUAAUUAGCACUCAAUAUUACUUCUCCUUUUCAGUGUUGGGUACUUACUUUAAAUGGUAAUUUGCACCUUUCUAGUUACAUGAUGUGGUGAGAAGAUGCUGGUUGAUAAAGGACCAACACAAGUUAGUUGCUGUUGCGGUUGAUAUUGUUUGUGCUGUAUCCCGUAAUGAUGAUGAUGGUGGUGAUGGCGGUGAUGAUUAAUGAUGAUACUGGGAUUUGAUGA